AUGCAGAUACAUGACGUGGAGAUGGUGUUGAAACACUUCAUGCGUCGCCAUGAGCGAGACUGUGUUGUGUGUAUAUAUAUGCAAAAGUCAGAGAGGUGCACCAGUCCUAUUCCUCUACUCAGAGCCAGCUGUUACGUCAUGAGACUGUUAUGUAUGGUGUGUUGUGCCAUGGGAUUAGUGAGUCUGGGAGUUGGAUAUCCCAUCAUGGAAAACAUCACCCAAGUCCUGCAAGAUCCAAUGGCUGGGAAACCAAUUAAGGGAAAACAUCCACCUAUUGGUCCUGGCACUGAUAAGGGUCUUUAUAACAAGGACUUCUUUGAAGGAGAUAUAGUCCUGCCAUCGGAAUGGAAACAGAAACAGGAUAUUAUGGGUAGGAACGCAGUGUCUGAUCCUAAUUUGUUAUGGCCAUCUGCUGCAAUCAUCUACAAGACCAGUGACGAUGUUGGUUGUCCCGACUCACCACAGUGUGAGAUCCUAAUGCGAGCUAUGAACCACUACCAUGCCAAAACCUGCAUACGUUUCAAGGAGUGGACUGGAGAAAAUAACUUUGUCGAUAUAUUCUUUAAUUCUGACAGUGCUGCAUGUUGGUCACCAGUUGGCCGGUCUGGAGAAGGGGCACAGCGGUUGUCACUGGGUCAACGGUGCUGGUACCUGGGCAUUGUUAUACAUGAACUCGGACACGCCAUUGGCUUCUGGCACGAGAUGAACCGUCCAGACAGGGAUGACUGGAUAUAUGUCUACUGGAAUAAUAUCAUCCGUGGAUUUUCGUCAGCAUUCGCCAAACAUGAUGCUUCAACAGUAGAAACGCUGGGAGAGCGUUUUGACUACCGCUCCAUCAUGAUGUACGAUGAAUAUGCAUUCUCUAAGGAUGGAGUGACACCCACCCUCCAAGCUAAGAGUGGGGAGGAGAUUGGGCCUAUCUGGAAGAAGCGAGGACUGAGUGCCAGCGAUGUCCGUCGUCUCCACAAGUUGUACAAGUGCAAUGGGAACAAGCAAAAGCUGAGUUUCCCAUAUGACAUUGUCUGUGACUUCAACAAACACACCUGCGGCUUCAAGAAUGGAGGUUCCGCCGUCUGGAACUGGAGAACAGUCAAUUCUACAGAUGGGUAUGUAUACAGUUCAUACGACCAGUCAGGAGUAACUCCAGGAUACUUCAUGUCAGUCAACUUACAUCCUAUCAGCGAUAAAGACAUUGAGCGAGGACCUAUCGGUUGUGUGCGUUUUUGGUACCUUCUUCUGGGUGAUGGAAAUGCUAGCAUCAAGCUGUCUCAUGUAUAUCUCGACAAGGUGACUCAGUUAUCGUAUGACAUGGAAAAGACAUUUGACCUCUGGUACAACGAUACUAUGACAGGCGAGUGGAUGCAUGUUGAUGUCCCUAUGUACAUCACUCGACCAUUCAAGCUGAUCUUCCAGUCACAGUUUGAGGACGGAGCUUCUUACGGCACGAUAGCACUGGACGAUGUGGAGAUCCUUUACUCUGGUUGUCCAGAGGGCUCAUCACCUGUGAACGUACCUCUUGCUCCUCCAGCUGCACUCAUGAGGCCCACUGACCCCCUGGACCUCAAGGAUGAGACCUUGUCAGGUGACCUGGUUGUGAACACUGUGGAUGAAAAUGUUAUCAAGUCUGAAACUGACUAAAGUUUCAUCUCAAUACUUUUACAAUACUAUUAUAAAGUACUUUUAGUUACAUGCAUUUAAUAACAGGUCUCAGUUUAAGAUAAUAAGUCAAAUGCUAGUGUUGUGAAACAAAAUUAUGUUAGGCUCUUUUAUGAGUAUGAUUUUUGCUGAAAUGUCAAUAAUAGCUCCAUUUGAUCACUGUGUGUUUACAUUUCUAAUUUAAAUCGUUUUGUUCAAUUUAGACUAAAUUGAAAAAUAUUGUUUAGGAGUAUAUUUAUCCUACUUCGCUAAUCUUAUCGCUAAUUUUGCUCACUUUUACUUUAUACCAUACUAGAGGAGAACAUACAAAUAAUUUCAUUGACAGUAACAUUAGAUUUCUUUUUGUUUUGCAUCAUGAUUGUCAAAACACAAGUUGUUUAAAACCCUGUGUAUUCGCCAAGUAAUUCUACUUACUUUCAAAAGAUGUAGUUUAACAUGUACAAAAAGUUAAUGAAUUAAAAUGCAGAAAAAGGUUGCUUUUUUUAAUGAGGAAAACAAUCAGAUAGGUCAAUAUGUAUGUAAAAAAAUUAACAUCAGAUCUGGCAGAGCCAAAUAAAAUCAAAUAUGAAAUAGAACGCACAUGUGCACUAACAUCUUACUUUAUGUCACAAUAGCUAGUAACCACAACACAAUAUUCCUUGCUUGAAUAUAAUUAUUUUACUCAUUUCGUCUUUAUAUUGCGACUUAUAAAUUCACUUGUGAUCCGUGAAGUGUAAAUUAUGAAUUAUUGUUGCAUUGCCCAAAAGGACAUUCUAAGUGAAUUGCAAGGAAUUUCAGAAUGGUAAUUAAAAAAUGACAUGGUUUUGAUAGAAAGCACUGAAAAUAAUGUCAUCUUAUUUAAAACUGGAAAUAUAUGGCCAUCACAAAUUAAUAAUAUUUUAUGAUGGUCCUAGUCAUGAUUGCUUUUUAGUAUACCCUCUUCUGUUAGAUAUAAGUAGUUUUCAAUACUAUUAAAUUAGUUAGUACUAUGUUUAAUUUUAAGAUAUAAUUACUCUUAUUUUGUUAUACAUGUUUUUCACACUUAAUAAUUAUUUCAUUUUCAUUUAUAUGUUUAUUAUUACUUAUUGUGUGGUUGAGAAAAUUAUAUUAUGUAUAACUGAAUUUUGUCUAUACCGGUAGUUUUGUUUUUCAAUUUUAACAGCUUUAUUUUGUUUCAAAACUGCCAGCUAUUGCAAUUGAUUAACGUGGCAUAACUAUUGUCUGGAUAGACGUUAGUAGUUUUACAUAAAUUUCAUGAUUUGUGUGAAGGUUAUUUUUCACGUUAAUAUACCUACAGUAGCAUAUGGAGUAGUAAAGAAAUUUUUAAAUUUAAUAUGUGGCAUCAGUAUUUUUAGCUUUCAUAAACCUAUUUGUUGUAAAAAUACAAUGGUUUAGGAUGAGAUAAUUAAAUUAAAUAUAUCCAUUAUAUUUGCUAUACAUGUGAAGAGUAAAAGUCUAAAUGUUUGGAGGGCUUGAAUACAUGUUUAUGUAACCAGUAGAAAAGAAAGCACUUACCUUGUGACAACUUUCAGAGGAAUAGCUGAAAAAACAGGCUGGUAAUAUAUAAAAGUUUUGUCCGCAAAUAUUUAGAUAUGAAUAUGUAAUUGUAUUGCAGUAGUUGUAAUAUAUUUUGAGUAACAAGCAUGAAUUUAAAUGCAUUAAUAUUUCAUAUAUUUAUGUAAUAUACAGUUAAAUAGAGAAUGCAUUGGGAGAAGACAUGAAUGUUCGUAUAGUAAUUUCUUAUGCUAUGAAGUACAAUAAUUCAAAAAUUGAAUCACCCAUGGUCAAGUAUAACCCAGAGCAAGUUAUAAACCUUACUGCAAGUUUAGUGUUGAAAUACCACUAGGGUAAUUCCCAGGGCUAUUUAAUUUAAUUCAAAUAACUUAUUUUACCAAAGUAAAAAGAGUUUGUUAUAGGACUAUAUUCCUAUGAAAACUAUUCCUCUGCACAGAGGGACCAAGUUCAUCAGUGAAUUUGUACCUCGUCAGAACUUACUUAUAUCAUUCUGUGUUUUUAAUCUAUAUUACAAAGAUGAACUCACCCAUGAGGAGAGGUCGCUUUGCUCUCCACUAUUGCUCUCCCUGAUCCAAUGAUUUUAUCUCUACAGUUGUACCAUGUAAUGUGUUAUAUAUGAAUUCAUCUAAAGUUCUCAUUCAUUGCAACCAUUUACUAUUAAAUCUGUACUAUAAGUUUAAGGUGAAUAUUUGAACAAAUUGAAUUGAUAUUUCUUUCUUAAUUCAGAAUAAAGUUGUAUUCCUGAACUCAGUCAUAGCCGGUGAGGUAAUGCAGAGUGCAAUGGCUGAAUUUUGAUAUAUGAAUUCAGCAACCGGUCAACUUCAAGAAAACAAACCUGUGGAAGGAGAAUAAUUUAUGAUGUAUUGUUGGAAAAUUUAACCUUGAGCUUAGGUUUUAGAGAUUUUUUAAGCACUCUGCGUAAGAAAUUAGAAGCCUCUAGUAUAUGCAUGUUUUAUAUUUGUUUAGACUUAAAUUACUUAACAUUCCAUAAAAUAAUAUAGACAAAAAAACAGGAAUUCCACAAUGAUAAUAUCAUUAAAAUUAUUAAUAUAUAUCGUAAUAAAUGUAAAUCAACUUUGACUCAGCGACGUUUUAAAAACGCCUAGAAAUAAAAUAUGCUAUGUUAAUUUUUGUAAUAAUAAAUAGUGUUUUUCUCGAUAUUACUAUGUAUCACUAUUAUAGCAUAAAGGAAACUUAAUAUGACUCACAUACCCUUUUUGUAACAGUGUACAUAUUUUUUUUUAAAUCACUGUGUAAACGUUUAGAGACUUAAGGUAUGUUAGUAUAAACCUAACAAUGUUCAUUUCAGUCUUAGGUAAUCACAAAUUAUUCUUAUAAAAGUUGUUUUGUGGAUAUUGUCACACUUUUAGGUUUUGAUUAUUGUUUAAUGAGUACAUUAAAGUUUGUGCACUUUAGUUAAUGGAAACCUAUUUUUAAUAUUGGUUUUUGUUCACUUAUUUCUGUUAGUCUUUACAAAAUAUUAAUUGUUUGUAUAUAAGCGUGUGCUCAUAAUAAUUAUUUUAGAUGAGACUUUUCGCUAAAACUUCAUGGAUUAUAGGUUUUUUACAUCAUUAAAAUUAAGAAUUUUGAUAUCAAUUUUUUCCUGCCAGCUCAGCUUUAUGAGUUCAACUGCUCAUACUUUUUAACCAGGAAAUCUUACUAAUUAAGA